AUGGCAUCUUCAUGGAUAAACAGCUUUAGCUCAUGCUCAAAUUACAACAGAUCUCACGUGUUAACGCGGAGUCGCAAGGGUUAUGUCAAUCCAAAUUUUCGAUUACACUCGAACCAAAAGAGUUUGAAACAUCUGACCAGAGUAAGAAAGCUAGAGGAGGAAGGUGAGAAAGAAUACGACAGAGAACACUAUGCAGCAGAGGACGAUGAGAAAGAAGAUGAUCCAAUGAAUGAGGAGGACAAAGACGAAUGUCGAGCAGAGGAGGCAGUUCUAAAACUAUACAACGAUAUCAAAGACCGAAACAUCAAUGGAAUUUCAGAAGUUAUUGGAGAUGAGUGCCAAUGCUUUUGCAACUUCUUAUCUUCUUACCGACUCUUACAAGGCAAGAAGCAAGUGAUGGCUUUCAUCUACUGGUUGAUGAUGAACCUGGGGAAAGAUAUCAAGAUUAUUGUUAGACCAACCUCCAAAGAUGGCAUGACCGUUGGUGUUCAAUGGCAACUCGAAUGGGAGAAGUCAAACAUCCAAUUGGGGAAGGGAAUGAGUUUCCACAUUUGCCAUAUCUACCAGGGAAAACUGUUGAUAAAGAAUGUGGAGAUGUUCAUGGAGCCAGUUUUUCACAUUGAGCCUCUUAGACUAAGAACUAUGGCGUUUGCAGUGAGCUUGGCUGAGAAGAUGGUCACUUUCUUAAGACCUGUAGAAAACAUAAGGAGACAAGCAAUGACGCUUCUGCUUCUUGCUCUUCUGUUGCUUGCUGCAGUCGCUUUCUACUUCACCCAACCAAGACUAUAAGCCUAAAACACAGCAAAUAGCCAAAUACCAUGGAAGAUAGCAG